CACACACACACACACGCUCUCUCCGUCUCUCUCUCUCUCUCUUCCCACGUGUCCUCCACGUGUCACCCCUCUCUUCUCUCCUACCCUACACUGAUCCACCGAACCCUCUUUCUCUCUCUCUCUCUCUCAGCGAAGCUUUCAUCUCCAUCAUCACCUGUCUGUGAAACCCCAAUAAACCCCACAACAAGGGAGCCUGAAAAGAAUUGAAGUUAGGUUGUCAGAGAUGGCAUAUCAUGGCCUAUGAUUUAACAAAAAUAUGCCCCUGAACUGUUGAUUGGGCUGACAUCCGGCAAUUAGGAUGAUAUAGGAGACUUGCACUCAAAAGUCAACCUUUAUUCAAAUUGUGGAUAUGUACUUUUCUGGGUUGUACAUGUAAUUGCAGGAAUGUACUAAUUUGACGUAGAAUAAUGAUCUGAUGGCAUUGUUUUUUGAAUUAGUGGCUACCCUAAUAAUCUUGGUGACAAAGCCUAUCUCACUGGUUAUGGUAUCAUGCAUCUUCGGUGUGAGAAGCUUCUGCAUUGUUAUUCACACCUGGGUGGAGCUGCUGAGAGCUACUAUCAUCUUCCAUGUAUAUUUACUCUGGAGGCUUGUGAUUUGCACUUUUGUUCUUAUAUCCCUUCCUGUACGAGUUUUGACUGCAUUGCAGAGGGAGAGGCUGCUACAAAUGCGUCUGCAUGAGCUGCAGAUUCAGCUGGAGAAUCUUGUGUGGAACAGGAAGGAACUUGAAGAACGUCUGCAGAUGUCCAUUAAAGAAUGUCGAAUGAUGGAGGCAAUGCUAGGAGAACUUGAAGAUGAACAUGAGGAGGCCAUUGUCAAAAUUGAACUAUUAGAGAGUGAGUUGCAGGACAAGAAGGUAGAAAAUCUUCAGCUGAAGGAGAUUCAGGGUAAAGGACCUUGGAGCUCCCAAAGUCAAGAUGACACAGACAAAGGCCAUGACCAUGACAAUGAUGUUGCUCAUAAAUAUGGCAUUUCCUAUGGGCUCCAACCAUUGAAAUCUAGUUUUAGUGGGAGUGGCAUUAUCAUUCAAGACCUCCCGACACACAAAGAUGCUUGCGAAGAUGAGAGCAAAAGUAAAACUGAGUCAAUUGAUUUCAUGAGAACUAGAUUGAAAGCCAGUGGUCCUAGCCAUGCAGUUACACCAGGUAUUACCUCCAGAAACAUAGACAUGAAUGAAGUUCUUGGCCAACAAAGGGAGGUUGCACUUUUACAGAGCCUUUUCAGUGCAGUAUUGUCAUUGUUAGUGGGAACAAUUAUCUGGGAGGCUGAAGACCCUUGCAUGCCUCUCGUUGUAGCUCUCUUCACUGUGGUUGGCAUGUCACUGACGAGUGUUGUACGGUUUUUGUCCACCAUCAAGAACAAACCCGCAUCCGAUGUAGUGGCUCUUUUAAGUUUGAAUUGGUUUAUACUUGGCACACUUGCAUAUCCUACACUGCCGAGAAUUGCUCAUAUGUGUGUGAUGGCCUUAAGCUUUUGGAGUGGACAGUAAGAUGGCUUGGUUUCACUUCGUAAACUAGUUCUCGGAAUAUCAUAUACAGUACAACCAUGUACAAUAUACUUCGAACCAUGAAGUUCUGUUUGUUUCUUUAUUUUUAUUUUUUUCAGCUUGUACGGUAAAGGGUAACUGAACUUUUUUUUCUUGUAGUACUGUAAAGGUCUUUACAUUUUUCAUUGUUUGAACAGCGCAGAUACAAUUAUGUUAACCCCAGUUAAUUCACUGUCAUUUUGCCAGCA